CUAUGCCUAGGUCAAGAUGGCUGGACGCCACGCCACGCCACGCCACGCCACGCCACGCCACGCGCCACGCGCCACGCGCCACGCGCCACGCACGCACGCACGCACGCACGCACGCACGCAGAUAAUGGAAUCCCAUGACACCCAAUUUAAAACAGGUCUGAUGAAAAAGACUGCUACUGACAACACUAACUCAGAAGUAAAGCAUGAAUCACUGAAAUGAUUGCACUUUUUACCUAAAGGAAGAGGAGGGUCAGUUCUUUGAAAACUAAAGUUAUGCCUCAGCAGUCUGGUUUUAGCUGACGUCAUUUGCAACAGUUGUGGGUGAGGCUCUAAAGGGACAUUUGGGAGUGUCUUCUUUAGGUAUUGGAACAGCAUUACACAGUCUGUGAACACAGAGAGAGAGCAGCAAGCAAGAGUCAGGAAGCUGGAAUCAGUACAUUGCUUGUGUCGGGGCAUUCCAGUGGGAAAAUAAGGGAACUAUAACAAAACCAUGGCAACCGCAGAUCCCCAGCUUUCUGAGUUGAUUGAAGAAGAGUUUCUAAAGUGUAAGAUCUGCUUUGAGCUGUACAAGUCUCCCCGGAUCCUGCCCUGCCUGCACUCCUACUGUGAGCAGUGUCUGGAGAAGCUGUUGGAGAAAGGGAAAGGCACUAUCUACUGCCCUGAGUGCCGAACAGAGACACGUGUUCAGGGCAGCAUCAGAAACAUCAAAACCAACUUCUUUAUAAACGGCCUUCUGGACCUGUUUGAAUCCAAGAGGAACAAGGAGGCGGUCUGCUCUGUGUGUGUGUCCUUAAAGCAGAGCCCUGAGGCUGCCUCGUCCCGCUGCCUCGACUGUGCUGACUUCCUGUGCCGUUCCUGCGCCGAGGGCCACCGCUGCUCCAAGCUCACCCUCUCCCACACAGUGGUGAGCCUGCAGGACUACACUGCGGGGGGGUAUGAUGAAGAGGCCCGGCUCAGGCAGGAGCAGCACUGCCGCAGCCACCAGGACACACUGAGGUUUUACUGCAACACCUGCUCCACACCCAUCUGCAGGGACUGUCGCAUGCUGGAGCACUUUUCACACCACAUCCUGGUCAUGGCUGAUGCUGUCAAAGCCAGGAAGCCACAGGUAGAGGGUCUGAUCAGCAGCUUGGACAACAACAUAAAAAGCAUUGGCCAGCAAGAAGAGGCUGUGGACUCCAUGAUAGGACAGCUAAAGGAAUCCCAAAGCACUAUCCAGGACUGUGUCUCAAAGUAUGUCUCUGUGCUUGUAGAACAGCUCUAUGCUCAAAGGGAUUCUAUUUGUAAAGAACUAUCAGAUUUUGUUCAACAACAGGAGAAGAGCUACCUGAGCAUUAAGCAGGCUCUCCACAAUCACAUGGACUCUGCUCAGAGCACCAAGGACUUCUCCAGGACGGUCAUGGAAAUGGGGAAAGAUUAUGAAAUUCUCCAGCUGGAAGGCAUGAUUCAGAGUCACAUUAAAAGACUUCAGGAUCUCAACAUCCCAGCAGCUGAAGGGAAAAUGCCACAUCUGGUAAUAAAUAAAGAUCUCAACAAAGUUAUGCUGGAUCUGGGAAAGCUCAAGUUAGGCUUUAUACCUUGUUGCAAGAGACCAGAGGAGCAGAACACUACAUUCAGCAAACAAGAAUCUCAAGCAGUGUCUCCGGGAGCUUCUGUUUGCAAUUCUGGACAGAAAAGCAGUCCAAACUUAAAAGACAAGCCAGUACUGUUACAUGUACCUCUUAGCCACACAGUUGUUAGGCCAAUAGGAGCACAGUUACCUCAUGAUCUCUUAAUUCAGCCAAUAGGAGCACGGACACUGCCUUAUUUUUUCCAAGGAGCAGGACUGCAGAUGCCUCGUAUUCUCCCAAUUUGGCCAAUAAGUAGCCCAUGUGUUGGUCAAACAGGAGGACAGGUACCUUUUAUUUACCCAAUGGUUAGUCCAUUAACAGUACAGAGGCCUGUUUUUCACACACAAUUUAAAAAGCAAACUAAGUCUAAGAAGAAUACAUGAGUGAGUCUGCUCAGUGAUAAUACAGUGAGCAGUAAAUACAUUUAGCAACUCAAAAUAAAUUGGACUGAAAUCUUCAGGAUUAAGAAACGUAUAUAGUGGGAGAGAUCAUCAAUGUGUGGGUGUCUGCAGGUUCUGGUAAAUGUGUUUGCUCCAGAAAAAACCCAACUGUAUAAAUGGGUAAUUGUAUGUAAAUAAAUAAAUAAUGUGUAAAAAAUAAUGUAAUUGUAUGUAAAAAUAAUGUGAUAUCUUGUAACAAUUGUAAGUCGCCCUGGAUAAGGGUGUCUGUUAAGAAAUCAAUUAAUAAUAAUGUGAACUAGAUGCAAAGAAAUAGAGUCCUUUUCUUCAGAUAUUAGUUUAUUUUAUUCACUAUGGUCGGGUCAUUAAAAAGUAUGAUUCCUGUUUUUCACAAAGGCCCAAUGUUUAAUCACUAUGACAGCAAACUUACAUUGUAGUCUUCAAAAGGUGCUCUACUGAAAGAAUAAGGAAGCAAGGCACCUCCCUUACUAUUUAUGAUGUUGGCAGUCCUUCUGAGGGUUCUGGGUUCUGGUGCGCCAAUACUGAGCUACUAUAUUGUUUCUCUAAAUCUGCCUUGAGCUUGUCUGGAGAAUCCUUUCAUUCCAUUUCAAUCAUGUGACAACUUGACCUUUCAAAGUUGACGAGCUGACUUCGAUUUCCCAGACAAGCUCUAAGCAAACCAAAGCCAGGUCAAGCAAAAUACGUUACAAUUAAAUCUUGAGCUACUUACUUGUUAAAAAUAAAAAAAGCAAUAUAAAAUAAUCUCAAAAAGCUGCGAAGGAUCAUUCAUUGUGCAGACUUUGCAGAUGAGCUUUAGUUGGAAAAUAGCAAGAGAGGAGCAAAACGCAGCCUAUGUGUUGCCAUAAGCAGUUGGUAAGUGGGAAUUACAAAGAAUAUGUUAGGACUGAGGAAUGAAGCUAGCGGAGAGAGGCAGACCAGACCAGGUGUAUCCAGACACUGGGCUGAGCCGCUUCUUCCCAGGAAAGGUCUGCUCAUAUACCAUGUCGCAUAUAGGACUGCUACACUGCAUCACACUAGAUAAAUGUGUUAAUGGAACUGUGUGUUUGGGAUCUCAUCAUGAUUUUAAUCCUGAUAUGAAGUAGUGCUGGAGUUGAGCCCCUGAUGUAUAUGGGCAGGGAAUUCAAAAAAACAUUUUCAUACUUUUUAUUUAUGUAUCCAGGAAUAAAACAUU